AUGUGACCCAUAAUAUCGAAGAUGGCAACGAAAAGUGACAGGAAACGUAAAGUGGCCGAGAAACCGGCACACGAGAGCACAGCUUUUUAUCAGUGGACUAUAAAUCUUUUGGGUCUUGGUAUUGGUUGUUUCCAUCGGUGGCAUGUAUCCACGCUGUUCGAAAAUGAUCGACACUUCUCUCAUCUUUCGGAAAUCGAACGAGAAAUGUCUUUCAGAACUGAGAUGGGGAUGUAUUACUCCUAUUAUAAGACCAUCGCUGAGUCCAAAACUUUUUUCGACGGGAUGAACAAGCUCAGUCGCGACAAUUUAUCAGAGUACAAUAAUGUCAUUGAUGCCACUAGAAAAUAUAGUCUUUUACCUGAGAUUAUAGCAGGUUUCCUCUAUCAUAUUACAAAGAAUCUUGGUCUCAUAUCUUACAAUAAGGCACAAUGCUGGCAGAUAGAAAGAGGAGAUGGUCUGCCACCUAUAACUAGCUGUGAAGGUCUGGGUAUACCUGUAUACUUCUAUUUAGAAAUAGUCUGGUUUACUACAGUAGUCACUGCAGCAGUACUUUUUUACUAUGCAACGUACUUGAGUAAUUCCAUUUGCGGUGGAUUUAUAACGAUUUUAUUAUUCUUUUUUAACCAUAACGAAUGCACUCGCGUUCAAUGGACCCCGCCAUUACGAGAAACUUUCGCGUAUCCUAUGUUACUUUUUCAAAUGUAUAGUGUUACUAUGGCUAUCAGAAAAUAUACAAAACACGAUGCAGAUAAGGUACCAACCUCGUUAAGGAACAGAACCAGACAAGGAUUAUUCAUGGAUAUAUUUGGCUCGACAAUUUGUAGCUUGUGCACAUGGCAAUUUUCUCAUUUCGUUUUCACUACGCAAAUUAUAGCCAUUCUUAUACUAAAAUGGUUGAAGAUCGUUCCGUACGAAUUCUACAAAAAUUUUUGUAUGGCGCAUGCUUUAGCAAUCGUAGCGUCAACUAAAAUAACAAACGGAGCUCUUAUAAUUUGUUCACUCUACACGUGUAUUCUAAUCAGCAGUAAUGCGGCCAAUUUUAUAAUGAAAUUGUCCCGAUUUCAGAACAUCAAACGAGAAAUUAUUUUUGAAAUUGCUAUAACAAUAACGCUUACAAAGUCGAUAAAAUCCUACAUUCUAUAUUCCCAAGAUGACACCCACGUGUUUAAUAUAUUAAAGUCUAAAUUAACGAAUUAUAGAGAUUUCCACACUAUGCUUUACACGUGUUCCGCAGAAUUCGAUUUUCUGCAAUAUAAGACUUACGAUGCGAUUAUUAAGACUUUAUUACUGCCGAUAGCGAUACUCGUUGGAAUGCUUAUAUUGUAUUACUGGUAUAGAAAUUUUAAGACGAGCAAUUAUCCAUUUUGCAUUGAGGCUGAUGUGGCAUAUAAUGGCCUACAGACUGGCGCCUUUAUAAUCAUGGCCAUUUUUAUUAUGAGAUUAAAGCUAUUUAUGACACCACAUCUUUGCAUAAUAGCUGGUGCUGUGUGUAGCAAACGAUAUCUUGAAAAAAUCGGCUUGAAAGGUGAACUCAUGCGACUUGCUAUUGUUGUGCUUUUAUUGGGUGGCAUGUCGUACCACGGUGUCGACAGAUUUCAAGAGGAACGCGGAUUUAUAGGUGAAUACAGUAAUAUCGAACAAGAAGAAUUAUUUGAAUGGAUAAAAAGUAAUACACCGGAACAUGCUGUAUUUGCAGGGAAAAUGUCGUUGAUGGCGAAUUUGAUGCUCUCCACUAAGAGACCAAUCGUUAACAAUCCUUACUAUGAGAGUAAAGAAAUGAGAGACAGAACUAUGAAAGUUUAUGAGAUUUUUAGUCGAAAAGAUGCUGCCUCUGUUUACACCUCUUUAAGAAGCAUGAAAGUUAGUUACGUCGUAUUAGAGGAACCAUUGUGCCUUGGAUUCGCAAACGUGCCGCGAGGAUGUCAAAUGAUCGAUUUAUGGGACGUGACUGAUAAUGGAGCGGCGAAAAUGGCGAACAAAUCGCCUCUGUGUCCUCUUUUAUUCAAAGGAAACGCACAUCCAUUCAGAAGAGCGUUCGUUAACAAUAAUUUCGUCGUAUUGCAAUUGGAUUAUUCGCAUUACGUAGAAUUUAAACCAAAGACUUCUAUGCCAUUGCAUUAUCAGUUUUAG